AUGCCAACACGAUCACCCCCUUCCCCAUCCCAACAUCGACCUCUCCCAGACCUCAAUCCACUUCCAUCUCAACCUCAUGUGAAGAGAGAAACUCCCUUGAAAAACCAACCAGAGUUCAUAGUACAUUCCAUUCCCUUGGAUACGAAAAUAGAUAGUACAUCGAACUAUGUCGAAUAUAAAGUGUACAAUUUCCAAACCUUGCGUAGUGGUCGUAUCAUCAGAAACGACGGUUGGAACAUUGGAGAUCUGUUGGUGAUAUGCUUGCUGAAUUGGACUUGGACCAGGUAUGACCUAAAAAACACUUUGACCUCAUCUUGGAAGUGGGAUUCAUUUCAUAUUGGUUUGUUGGUAUGGCUGGGUUGUAUGAUAGGAUUGGUGGUUAGUAAAUGUCGCACUAUCAUCUACGAAUCAGUCAUACCCCUACCUGGAUUAGGUAUACAAAUCUCGACCUCCCGUGGAUUUCCUCUUCCUUCCUCUCACUUAUUUUCAUCUGACCACAAUACAAUACAUAUAUCCCUCAGCACAUCAUCAAAGUUCAUUCCAAUCGAAGAUAUCUCCACCGUGGUGAUCAAUGAGGGAUUAGUUAGAUGGAGAGUCGUGUCUUAUCUCGCUAUCAUCUUGAAACGUGGUCAAGGGGUUGUGGUGGUUUUUCAAAAUGUGAGACCACGAUUGCCGGUAUUGAUUGAGGUAUACCACGGGAUCAGAGAGAUCAUGUGGGAUGAAUUCCAGUGAGGCCAUCAUUAUACAUCAAAUAUAGCAUCGGCCACACUGUAAACCCAUUCAACCUCGUCAAAUUUCGUCAUGAAAGGAUUAUAAACACUAGUACCCGCGAUCUUCAAUGCCACUAUAGACUCGCUCGGCCGCACCUGUCGUACACUCGAAAGAAAGCUUUCUGAACUGUUCCACCUCGUUCAUGAGAGGGAACGAGGGGGAUACAUACCGUAUGUCGACAAGGAAGAUCAGGUAGUUGACAGAUGCCGACACAUGGAUAAACACCUUGGUCCCUCUUCCCUGCCCUCCAACGCGUGUGCUUUAACCUCCCAGCCAUCUUCCUUAGCGACAAGCACCACACUCAAUCUCCUAUCCGAUUCUUCAUGUUCAUCCAACCUUGCGUUGAACUCGAACCUCUUCAAACCUAUCCUCGCUUUUACUUCAUCGCCUCGUUCCUUUUCUGCUCCCGCGCCGCUAUCUCCCAUCAAAAGUUUCAACAUACCGUCCACCUCUUCGAUCUCAUGUUUCGCAUGCAUUCCCAAACUCAAGUUUUCGACCUUCACCGAAACCAGGAAUGUCUUGAACUGGUCCAAUGAGAAGGGAAAUAAAUUCGAAGCCGCCAAUUCUUGCAGUCCAGCGUUCGGACAUCUUGCUCGGUAUAUAUCCUCGAGGGCGGAGAGUGUGACGGGGGCAUUACCUAUACUGAUCCGGGUGAUGUUGCAGGGGAAGAAAGCGGGGUUGAGUAGACGGUCGAGGAGGGUACGAUGAUG